UUUAUUUAACGCAUUCUGAGAGAUCGGAGCCCCAUACAGAGGAUCUCAGGAUGUCUUGGUUUGUUGAUCUUGCCGGGAAGGCAGAGGACUUCCUGAAUAAAGUGGACCAGGGUGCAGCCACUGCUUUGACAAAACCCAAUCAGAAGUCCUCUCUGUCCUACAAUAGCCCAGAUGCUACCGAUUCAACCCAGUAUAAUGCUGCAGCUUACAGCUCCACCCAGCAGCACCGAGACUCCAUCUCUGCCUCGUCCCAAGGAACUUCCACAUUCAUCUCCGCAGCUGCUGGGAACAUAAAGAAAUCCAAAGCUACGGUUUUGGCUGGAACAGCAAACGUUUCCAGCACCACACCUUUGGGUUCCAGCAGCAAGGCGUCAUCCAAUUUUGUGAGGCCUAGAAAGAGUGAAGUGAACGACGAUUUGCUUUUUGACUUCUUAAACAGUUCAGAUCCACCACAGAGCGAGAAAAAGGAAGUCAGGAGAGAAACCGUGUCGAAAGCUUUUCGCCCUACAGGGGUGUCAGCACAGAGCCAGAUGCCCACUGUCUCUUUGGCCAGUGAUCUGCACACAGGCCCAUCGGUCACUCCGACCCCGUCGUCCACACAGGGUCUGUCCAGAAACUCUAGCCUCGGCUCUCUCUCCAACAGCUCGCACAGCGUUAAAACCGAGGACAGCUCCACUCGCGACCAAAGCCAAGCUGAUGUUCCAGAGAGUUUGACUGCAGGACUGGAUGAUCUCGCAGAUCCUCAGCCAGUGCUGGAAAUUCAAUCUCAAGAUCUUCAACAGCAGCAGCAGCAGCAAGGCCAAGAGCAUGUGAUCUCCAACCUUCGUCUCGAAAACCAGCUUCUGCGUAAUGAAGUCUCCUCUCUCAACCAGGAGAUGGCCUCGCUAAUCCAAAGAGCCAAAGACAUGCAGGAAGAGGUGAAUCUCGGCAGAGCUCGUGCUGACAAGUGGAAUUCGGACCAGUCUCGGGUUGAUCGCACGGUUCGAGAACUUAGCUCACAGGUCGAUGACCUCACAGAAGCCUUGUCAGCAAAAGACGGUCAGUUGGCGGUCUUGAAAGUGCGACUGGACGAAGCAGAUCAGUUACUGAAGGCCCGAAGUUCUGCUCUUGAAGAAGCACAGAACGAGAGAGUCAGGAUUCUUCAGGACCACAGUGAGGGCAGCAGUCUUCACUCGCAGGCUGUACAGACACUACAGGAUAGGUUAAGAGACGCAGAGGCUGCAGUGAAGAGAGAACAGGAGAGCUACAGACAGAUACAGAGUGAGUUUGCGGCACGACUUGCGAAAGUGGAGGCCGAGCGUCAGACGCUGGCAGAGUCUUUAACAAAUGCCGAGCGCCGGUUAACUGAAGAGAAACAGAGAGCUGAGGAUCUUCAGCAACAGGCCAAAAGCUCCCGAUCUGCUGCAGAGUACACCAGACAAGAGCUCCAGGACUACAAAAACAAAGCCUCGCGCAUAUUACAGUCUAAGGAGAAGCUGAUCAACAGUUUGAAGGAGGGCUCAGGUCUAGAGGUGCUGGAGGGAGCUGGCGCUGGGGUUGAACUUGAAGAGCUGCGUCAUGAAAAAGAGCUACAAAGAGAAGAGAUUCAGAAGCUACAGGCACAAAUACAGAGCUUGCGGACAGAGAUACAGGAUCUGGAAACCCAAGCGCUCACUGAGAACGAGAGCUGGAGAGAACAGCUGGCAGAGGUACAGGAACAACACGCACAGCAGAUCAGAGCCAAACAGGAAAUAGAGGCAGAACUGGAGAGAUCCAAACAGGAACUGCAGUACAUUGAGGAAGAGCAUCACCGCACUAAAAUUACCCUUCAGGGUCGCGUCAAAGACAGAGAAGAUGAGAUCCAGAAGCUUAGAAAUCAGCUGACCAAUAAGGCUCUGAGCAACAGCAGUCAGGCGGAGCUGGAGGGUCGUCUGCACCAGCUGACGGAGACUCUGAUUCAGAAGCAGACCAUGUUGGAGGCUCUGGGCACGGAGAAAAACUCACUGGUUUUUCAGCUGGAGAGGCUAGAGCAGCAGCUGAAGAGCCUGCAGGGUGGACAGAACAGCGCGUCGCACAUUAACAUGGCGGCCAUGGAGGGACCAGGUGCUAGGCAGAGGAACACACCAAUAUUGUUUAGUGAUGGGGAUGGCCCGGUUACAGGGGUGUAUGGGAAGGUUCGCAAGGCAGCCAGCACCAUCGACCGCUUCAGUAUACGUCUAGGAAUCUUUCUAAGACGUUACCCCAUGGCCAGGGUAUUUGUUAUUAUUUAUAUGGCACUUCUACACCUUUGGGUGAUGAUUGUCCUUUUGACGUACACACCAGAGAUGCACCACAGUCAUCCUGAUGGAAGAUGAAGGACUUCCAAUCUGUAUUAACAACUAAGAACCUGUUGUGAUCAGUAAAAGUUAAUAAAGGUGAUACUUCAGGCUGCUGUA